UGAACAAACACAAGCCAUGGAUUGAGACGUCGUACCAUGGGGUGAUCACAGAGAACAUGGACAUCGUCCUACUGGACCCUCCCCUGGUGGCCCUGGACAAAGACGCCCCCGUGCCCUACGCAGGGGAGAUCUGUGCGUUUAAGAUCCAUGGUCUGGAGGCUCCAUUCGAGGCAGUGGUGCUGAACGGGACGUCUGGUGAGGGCCAGCUGAGAGCCAGGGGCCUGGUGGACUGUGAGCUGCAAAAGGAGUACACCUUUAUCAUCCAGGCCCAUGACUGUGGAGCAGGACCUGGGGGCACCGGGGGGAAGAAGUCACACAAGUGA